UCCAACUCCAGCAUCCCAUCCAGAAUCCCCAUCCAGCAUCCACAACACCCAACAUAUUGCGUCCAACAUCUAGCAUCUAGCUCCCAGCCCCCGCUCCUAUGUCCCUUCCUUCCAUUGGUCGACAAAAACCAUCAUAACAGCCCUUGCAAUGGGCUCCCGUCACGUCGGCGAGCUCCUGCUCCGUCCGACGCUCUCCCACAUUUCGUUGCCUCUCGCUCGAAGAAGAACUCCCGCAGCGGCAUUCCAAUGGGCCUCACGCCCUCUUCACGUCCCCACAUCACCGCGGUCGGCCCGCCCGCAGCCCACCCCCAAUCCCACCUCCGAGCUCCAAGUGGAACCUCACCCCCACCAUGUCAACACCACCUCCGCUAUCGACUCUCUCAUCGGCAUGUCCGUCCCUCGUGCCCGCUCUGCCCGUACGCCCUCAUCCAGCGACGAAUUAAGGGCCGCCCAGCACUCGUCGAGGCCCUUUGGCGCCGACUUCUCUAGGCCUAACAACAACUACAAGCGCCCAAAACUCCAGUUCGAUGACAUGGCUAUGGCAGCCCCGGUGCUCGGUGAGCCACAGCAGCACUUACCGGUCGUGCCUCAGGCUCCCGAAGUCUACCCCCGCUUAAAUCCCAGCACCGGACGGACCGUCGAGCUGGAUGUGAGCAAAGGGCGAGACAUCGUGAGGGGUUUGGGCAUGUUAGGGAGCUUGAUGGCAAGGAACAAGGUCAAGGCCGAUUUCAUGAAACAGAGAUUUCAUGAACGGCCCGGCCUGAAAAGGAAGCGUCUGAAGAGUGAGAGGUGGAGGGCGAGAUUUAAGGUUGGGUUUAGGAAAGUCGUGGGAAGGGUGAGCGAGUUGACAAGAAAGGGGUGGUAGAGUUUGGCUCUCCUGUCUUCUGACCCAUUGUAUAUCUGGGAACACUAUGGCUUGAACAUGUCUUCCGUGAGGAAGCAUAUAUAUAAAGUCGUGCUUUGUACGAUACAAGUGUGUCUCGAGUAUUUUUCUAGCCGGCCUUGCCAUCUCCAGAGAAAGUCAUGCGGAAAUUUUAUCC